AUGAACAUGCUGUCUGCUCCCCCCAUGCGAUCGGGGAUGUUGUACAAGAAGGGCCAGAAAAAGGCGCUGCUCGGCCGAGCAAACUGGAAGCUCCGGUACAUCGAACUCACCCCGACCGCCAUCUCGUACUACACUGAGAAGGGCGGGAACCUCCGGGGGGUGAUUGACUUGACCCACUGCACACCGAGAGACAUUCAAGCGAUGCCGAGAGAUUGCAUCAAGACGGGACGGUCACCGUCGACGGCGUGGCGCAUCGCGAUCACUACCCCCGUCCGUCGCUUUGUCAUGGCGGCAAACACCCCCAGCGAAAUGAAUUUAUGGUUUCAAGAUCUCAUGCAGAUUGUGCAAAACCGGAGCAUUGCCAACGACAUUUACAAGGUGUAG